GGUAGAUUCAGUCCAGGCAGGUCCAGUCCCCUCCUCCCUUCACCCAAGCUGAGUGAAGUGUCCCUGCAUAGGCCCCAGGUUCCAAACAGCCAGCUCAUGCACUAAGGACAGGUCCCGGUCCCACUGCCUGGAUGCCUCCCAAACAGAUCAAGCCAAUCAACUGUCUCACUUGUCCAGAGGGCCUGAUCCAGUUGGGGGCUCCUCAGCUACUGGUUCAUAGUUCAUGAGUUUCCACUAAUUUGGAUAUUUGUCCCUGUGCUUUUUCCAAUCUUGGUCUCAUCAGUUCUCGCUCAUACAAUACCUCCUCUUUCUCACCAAUUGGACUUCUGGAGCUCCACCUGGGGCCUGGCCAUGGAUCUCUGCAUCCGGCUCCUUCAGUCAUUGGGUGAGAUUUCUAGCAUGACAAUUAGGGUGUUUGGCCAUCCGGAUCACCAGAGUAGGUCAGUUCGGGCUGUCUCUCGACCAUUGCCAGCAGUCUGUUGUGUGGGUAUCUUUGUGGAUUUCUGUGGGCCUCUCUAACACUUUGCUUCUUCCUAUUCUCAUGUGGUCUUCAUUUACCAUGGUCUCCUAUUCCUUGUUCUCCCUCUCUGUUGUUGAUCCAGCUGGGAUCUCCUGCUCCCCUAAGCUCUCUUUCCCUUGACCCUCGCCCUUCAUUACCCCCACUCACGUCCAGGUUGCUCAUGUAAAUCUCAUCCAUUUCUCUGUUAUUGGACGAACCCUGUGUCUUUCUUAGGGUCCUAUUUUCUAGGUAGCCUCCGUGAAGUUGUGAGUAGCAGUCUAGUCAUCUUUGUUUUACAUCUAGUAUCCUCCUAUGAGUGAGUGCAUACCAUGUUUGUCUUUCUGAGUCUGGGUUAACUCACUCAGGAUGAUUUUUUUCUAGAUCCAUCCAUUUGCCUGCAAACCUCAUGAUGUCAUUGUUUUUCUCUGCUGAGUAGUAUUCCAUUGUGUAUAUGUACCACAUUUUAUUUAUCCAUUCUUCAGUUGAAGGGCAUCUAGGUUGUUUCCAGGUUCUGGCUAUUACAAACAAUGCUGCUGUGAACAUAGCUGAACACGUGCUCUUGUGGUAUGAUUGAGCAUUCCUUGGGUAUAUGCCCAAGAGUGGUAUAGCUGGGUCUUAGGGGAGAUUGAUUCCCAAUUUUCUAAGAAAGCACCAUAUUGAUUUCCAAAGUGGUUGUACAAGCUUGCAUUCCCACCAGCAGUGGAGGAGAGUACCCCUAGCUCCACAUCCUCUCCAGCAUAAGCUGGAGGACUAGGAAAUAUAUUGAGAUCCAGAAACCGUAAGAACAUUGGUCAUCCUGCAAAUAGUCAUUUCUCGAAACUUCUCUUUCCCCCCUCUAUAGCCGUAAGUUAUGUCUGCCCUGCAAACACUGCGAGGUGUGUCAGGAGAGGCCAAGAGAUAAGAAAUGUGGCCAACAUAAAGUGAUUAAGAAAUAAAAGUACUAUUCACAAGAGCUGAAAGGAAUGAUAGCUGUAAGAAACAGCAAGCACGGGCAUGUGUUUUACUGGCUCCUUUCCCAGGCCCCAACCACCUUCAGCUUUGGGGGACACCCUGCUUCCUGCAUUGGAGACACCGCCGCGCAAUAGCGCAGGGCUCCCUCUGCGCAGCUUUGGCGUUCCCAUCCUGCUGAAAGUGUGUUGUGAGAAAGAGCAGAAAGCUGCCAGGAGCUCUAAUUUGCGCUUCAGCACCAUCAGCCCAGUGGAGCCUAGGAUGCCUCCCCCUCCUGGAGUGGAAGCUGAAUGGCAGAUGCAGCCCAAACAUUCUUUAAUCGAGAGGCUUCCGUCCCCGGACGCCCCUGGAUCUUGGACAGAAAAAAAAAAUCUCGGUCGGAUAUGUAGGAUGAGGAUAUCCAGGCCCUCUGAGCCCUUAGCGAGCAGUCACGGAGUCAGAUGCAAGAAUUGCCUAGGAUGGAGAAGAAAGAGAUCGAUCACGGUCUUACUGCGGGUUUCCAGUGGAGAUGCUGCGCGAAGGGCACGUCUGCCCCGGAGCCGCUCUGUGCGUCUCUGCGGCACCCCGUCGCCUGCCGGCCCCUUUUCCCAAUUUGCCCUCCGGCCGCAGUCGUCUGCAAAUGAAUAAUCCCCUGCACUUGUGAGUGAACCCACACAAGUUCCCCAGGCACGGUCCUCCUACCUCUUUCGCCCCCGGGGAAGGGUGGGAGCAGUUUUUCAACCAUAACCUUCCAGUCACCUGGGGGAAGGUGACCGUAUUGGGGGAGGAGGAGGGAUUGUUUUACUGAUUCCAAGGCUUCAGAAUUAGCUGCCGGUGCUAAAGUGGUUCGUUUAAUUCCUUUGCUCUCUGACAAACGGUGGGCGGACCGCUGCCGGGGCGCGACCCCGGGGCUCACUUCGCAGCCGGACGCUGAGUUUCAGACUGCAGCCUUGCUCCGCAUACACCCGGGCCCCUUUGCCAUUCAUCCGAGUCUGCAGAUGGAUGAAUGUUGACAGGCAUCCUCUGAGCAUUGGUUAAAGCCCCAGAGUGCUCACCUUUGCACCUACUGUUUUUUUUUUCUGCCAUCGCCGCUGCCUUCUCCUCCUCCUUCUCCCCCUCUCCUCCCACCCUCCUUCUCCUCCCCAUCCCCACCCUCUCAUCAGCACCACUACCAAAAGACGUGCCCCUUUGGUAGAGUCGAAACUCCCCGCCGAAACGAGGGGGAGGGAGGGAGACACCUCUGUCCCCCUCCCCCCAUCUCUGCCUAAGCUCCGGGUUUUACUGCAGCAAUCGGAGGUGACAGCGCCACCUCGGUCUCCUCUGUAGCUCUCCGAGCCCCGGCUCCCCCCAGCAACGCGGGGGGGAAAGCGCCCCCUCCUGAGAGGCUAAUCUCCGGAGAAGUGCGAAGGUGAUACAGAAAAGCGAAAUUUAAAAAUGUAGAAGUCACUGGGCUGCAUUCCUCGGAGGACAGCCCAAUCCCCCAGGACUGAGUGUCAGCGCAUAGGAAGUUGGGACCUUAGAGCGAAGGGGGAGGGGAAUGGUGCAACCCCGCAUUCUCUUCUGGAAGGAGUCGCUGCAAGCCCUGCGGUUGGACACAAGUUUGCGUAAGAGUGUUUUCCUUUUGUCAAUUAUUAAUCACCGGAAUCAGUUUGGCAGAACUGGAGUUUUAGCAGUAGUGCAGAGGGCGGGGCCCGAACACCUAACUCUGGGAGCCUCCCCUGCUCCCGGAGCAGUGGCAAGCUAACAGCAGCUGGGAAGAAGCCAGAGCAUCCAACCUUACCCAAAGGCAGGAGAUGAAGAAAUAGAGCCCCCGAGAAGAGAGGUUAUCUACACCAGAUCAUUCAGAAGAGAAGCACACCUGUGCAUCAGCCUGGACCUUCCUGUUCAGGAAGAUUGUCCACAGUUUGAGGAAGAACCAUGGAUUUCAAGAGUGUGAAGGAGUACUUUGCUUGGCUCUACUAUCAGUAUCAAAUCAUCAGCUGCUGUGCCGUCCUGGAGCCCUGGGAACAGUCUAUGUUCAAUACCAUCUUACUGACCAUUGUUGCUAUGGUAGUGUACACUGCCUAUGUCUUCAUCCCCAUCCACAUCCGCCUGGCUUGGGAAUUUUUCUCCAAAAUAUGUGGCUAUCACAGUUCAGUUUCUAACUGACCUCAUCGGAAUUCUGUGAAAUGGCAUGAUGUGUUGAUGUUGCUAACAACUUGUUGACUUGGGGACCGCAUCAUCUUUCACCUCUGACCUGACCAGCACUCUUUCUAUGCACUGGCAUCCUGCCUGGAGUCUGAGCCAGGUGUCCUCCCAGCCGCUUUUGUCCAGGCAGCAUUGUGUGUCUCUGACAACAGAAAAUGCCGUGACUUUACCCUGUAUCCCACAUUCGCUCAACUCAACUCCAUGGCUUUAGAUUUCUUUUGAAAUCAGGAUGCUUUCAAAUAAAAUUUUUCUGGAAAAUAGGCGUAUAAGAAACCCAACAGUCAUAUUUAAAAUACUCUCUUCAUAUUAUUCUAUAUUAAAGGCUAUGUUACAAAAAGUAUUCUUCAUAGGCUACUGUCAAAAGUACCCUGCUCUUGUUUACAACCUAUUAAAAGAUGUGAAUAAAAUAAACAAACCUUUAAAGUAUUUUUUUUCUGGUGAAUAACUAGUACCUAAAAUUCUUUUCUUCUUUUUUAAAUUUUCAUUCUCUUUGUUUUACCUAAAAUUCUUUUACUUCAAAUGCAGAAGAAUAGGUCAGAGACAAUUAUUUUCUUCUAGAUAUGGUUCAGGCAUUGUUUCAAAUGCCUCUGAAGUCUGUUUUUUAUCAUAGCUUUAAAUGAAUUAUGGUCUUAAAUAAACAAGUAAAUAUUGUACUAGAGAACAAUUUAAGUUUCAAAAAUAAAUAUAAUCAAGGCAAAUUCCAAUCUUGUGACUUUUGACCAUGCCCUGCCUCGAAUGACGUAAGAGAAGAGAAACAGUUGUUUUCCUGUACCUUCACUAGGUGGAAGGAAAGCCGCAUGUCCUGGGCUACAGGAAGAAGCUAAUAAAUAGACUGGAAGUAAUAGUCUACCAGCAGGAAGUCGACAGCUCCAGUUAAACGCUUUGAUAUAGUGGCUCCUUUGCACAGCAGAAACAAGAUUUAUUAAAUUUCUCUCAAAAUGUUUAUCUUCAAAGCAAAUGUAAGAUUUUAAUUAUAGUGCUGAGCCAAACAUGAAAGCUGAAGACUGAGCCUUGCACCUUUUCUUUCCCCCCAUAAAUAUUACCGUUAGUAAUUCUGAAAGGUAAAAAAUAAACAGGUUUUGGACAACACUGGCACCUUUGUUUUAGGGGGGAAAUAUUCCAAGGAAAGCUAAAAAGCAAGAUAUCUGGCAUGCAAAAUCAACUUGUACAUCUGUUUAAAAAUAAAACAAAGAAUACAUUUUGAAGAGAGACCAGAUAUGAAUAUAUGCUUGUUGAUUUUUGCAAAAUAAAGUUAAGUUUACUUUGAUUAAAAAAAACAAAUGCCCAGUUUGAACUUGCCUUCCCUUUCUUCACGAUACACUUAUAUUGCACUCCUCAGAUGACCUCUACUAAUCUGACAUGAAACUGAUCUCAAAUGGUAGAAUAAAGCUAACAUUGCCAAGUU